AUGUCAUCUUCCAACAUCGUCACCGCCGACGACUUUGAUCUACUCCUCGGAGGCCUCGAGUCCUUCUACAAUGCCCAGCCCGCCACGACAUCUCGUGUGACCACAGCAGUCGUCGCUUCUCCUGAAAGCACUCACGCCCAGCUUCCCACAGUACACCAAUCACACGACGAACAACAACAACUGCAGCAGCACCAACAGCAGCAGUCUUCUCCGCGGCCCCAACUGCCUGUUCUUGACUAUCCAAGCCCUGAUCGUGACUUGUCUCGUCCAGACUCAGCGCAUGGAACAGCCGAUCAGUCUAUCUGGGGUGCCUCGACAACGACACUAGCGAUAUCCACCAAAGCCACGACUAAGAGUAUUCAGUCUCCACCACUUUGCACAAACGCCGCCGAGUUUAUCGCCAACAACAUUUGGCACAUUCCUGCUCCUGCACCAACAAGUCUCCGCAACAAGGACAGCCAGUUAGUUGCCUCCACGCAUUUGCUUGGACCAUCAACAGGAGCACCUCAUACAAUCAGGCACCGAUCAGUUGAUUCUCACCCAACACAGGAUCAUCAUGUCGAACACAAGCAACCAAGCAGGUGUUCUACCGUGCCCAAAGAGGACGGGGCCUUGAACGGGUACAGCAGACACCAUAGACGCUUCAGGUCUGAUCCAUAUACCCCGGCCGAUCUGUUGCCAGGUGCCGAUGAUUGUCGUGCUUCUCCAGCCGCUCUCGAGGUGCUGCUAGAUGGACCCCACGAGACGGUCUUGACGGAGAAGGAGAAACGUGCGUUGAUCGAAUAUGGACGAGCCAUCGGAAACAGUGGAACUGGGCCUCUUCGCCAUUACCAUGGAAACAAUAACACCAACAACCGCAGUAAUAACAAGUACAGUCAACAACAGAAAGAAAAACACGCCAACAUCGACAUGUCACUCCAAAGGACAGGAGAAAGAGACUACCGAUCCAAAAUCACCUACAGCCGAGACUUCCUGAUGUCUUUCAGAGCCUUCGAUGUGCCUCCGAAGGGUAUCGAUAGGAUCCACUGGAUUCAACAGAAUCCGACGCUAGAUCAUCCUCAGAAGGCUGCUGGACCGAGGAUGGCAAGACCCCAGCCUGCCUUCCAAGAGCCUCGCGGCGAUUAUCAAGGUGCAGGAAAUUAUGACCCGGAUAUGGGACAUCGCCAGUCUGGACGUGGAGGUGGCUUCAGGAAGGAAGGCGCCUUCAGAGAUGUUGGCUUUGGACGAGAGAUUGGCUUGAGAGGAGAAAGGGGACAGAGCACCGCCAUUGGAAACGGUCCUUCCAGAGAGGGAGCACAGGGUACAUCCAGGGGGGGUGUUGGUUUCAGAGGUGAAAGAGGACAGGUGCCCAGACUUCAUUUCCAGCAGUCUUCUGCCACUGCUACAGGAGGAUUGAGUGGAAGCGUGUUCAGCUUCAAGACCAGAGGGCCUCUUGGACCGCCGGCAGCACCACGAUCAGGUUCCCAGAUGAGAGGUUUCAAGUCUCGCACGACUCUUUGA